AUGUGGUCCUUCAUAAGAGCCCAGAGGGUCCUACCAGGAGCCCUCCCCAAGACCUUGCGUCUCUACCAGCCACAGCGACAUCGCACAAUGGCUACCACUCUCCCUGCCACGUCCUCCACCUCCCAAAACGUCGUUCUCCCCGACAUCCCGGAGCUCUUCAAUGAGAAUUUCUUGGAUGUCCUUCUCCCUAGCCAGGGCGAAAUCCGGAUGGAGACCGACUCCGAAUCGCCAACCAUCGUCGAGACCCCCAAAAACGCCUUGAUGGAAGCGCUCAAGGGGACCACAAACCAAACCCUCACUGCCAACCUUGCACCGGCUCUGCGCUCGACCCUUUCUUCCACCUUGGACGCGUUCAACCAAGUCGACGCGCAUGCUCGUGGAGAGACCAUCAAAGACCAUUUGAGCAAGGCAUGGGCUGAAGAUCCUCAGCUCACUCUCAGGAUCAUCUGGUGCCUCCGUAGCAUCCCCGACGGCAAGGGAAGCAAGGAGGGCUUCUACCGUGCGUACGCCUGGCUGUUGGACAACCAUCCCCGCACCGCCAUCGUCAAUCUGCGUCUUCUGGUCGAGCCAGUCUCGCUCAAGAAGAAGACCAACACCAGCAUCUCCCACGGGUAUUGGAAGGACCUCCUCAACAUCGUGGCCAUCGCUGCAUGUGGUGACCUUUCUCCAGACGUCAUCCAUCCAGGAUUCCUGUAUCCUCCCAGGCAACACUGGUCCUACAAGCGAAAGAAGGAGCAGAAGACUGGGACACCUGAAGAGCGGAUCGCCGCCCACCUUGCGAAGAACGUCGAAAAGAAAGAGGAGGCGAAGGUGAAGCGUGCUGAGAAGCUGGCUCAGUCUCACGAACGUCUCACUGCUCGUUUGGCUGACCCCAAGUUCCGCGCCCUCUACAUCGCUGUCGCUCGACUCUUCUCUUCCCGUCUUGAACAGGACAUGGAUAUCCUCACCAAGGUCGCCAGUCUUCCCAAGGGUAAAAGCCCUGUCCCGUUGCUGAAGACGAUGUCCUUAGCCGGCAAGUGGGCACCCACUCCGGCUCUUGCGCACGACAAGGUCACCAACAUGUCCUCGGCCAUCGCACUCUUACUUUCCAGAUCCCAGCUCUCUUCUCACUUCCCCAAAGCGCUGAGCGAUCCAUCUCUCCCUCCUCGAGACAAGUUCCUCAUCCUCCGUUCCUUCUACCAGCGUUGGGUCCUCCGCCCGCUCCGUGAAGCCAUCCAAUGUCCGGAACCCCUCAUGUCCAGCAACCGGUGGAACGAGAUUCGCUACACGCGUGUUCCCUCGAUCGCUAUGAAGAAUAACACCGAACACUUCUUCAGACACGAUCCCGAUCGGUUCCAGGAGUACCUCAUUUCGGUCGAGAAGGGCAAGAAGUCGAUCAGCGGUGCCACCCUCAUGCCCCACGAACUCACCAGCGCCAUCUACCACAACGGACUUCUCCUUCGCUCCGACGGAUCCGACUCCAAGCCCGCCAAGUACCCAGCUCUGCAGGAGUUCAAGAAGUCGCUGGCAGAGACGGAGUUGAGGGUUGCCGAGGCGCAGUGGAAGACUCUCAUCGAGACCCUCAAGGCGAACGGCAAAUUGGACAACUGUCUCGCCGUGUGCGACGUCUCCGGUUCGAUGGGCUCUCUCCAUUCCAAGGUCAGCAGGACCAACCCCGCCCCAAUUCAUGUCGCCGUCGCGCUCUCCCUUGUCCUCGCUUCACUCGCCAAACCACCCUUCAACGGCGGCUUCAUCACGUUCUCGCAGAACCCGCAGUUCGUCCAGUUGGAUCUGGAGAACAAGUCGCUUUGUGAGACGAUUUUGGAGAUGGAGAGGGCGGAUUGGGGUAUGAACACGGAUCUGAACGCGGUGUUCCUAAGGCUGCUCCUCCCCCUUGCGAAGAAGAACAAUCUCAAGCAAGAGGAUAUGGUCAAGCGUCUCUUCAUCUUCUCCGACAUGCAGUUUGACGAAGCGGGAAGUCAGGGAUACGGGAACGUCAUGACGGCUGCGAACUGGGAGACCAACUAUGACGCGAUCGCAAAGGCGUAUGAGGAGGCUGGGUACGAGGUGCCGCAGAUUGUGUACUGGGACUUGAAUGCUAGCGGUCAGAAGACGGUGGAGGUGACUGCUGAGAGGAAGGGGGUUGCGAUGAUGAACGGGUUCUCGCCGGCGUUGUUGAAGGUGUUCAUGGGCGAGGAGAACGACGAUGAGGAUGCGGAGGAUUGGGAGAAGGUUGGGAAGGAGGGCCAGGAGAAGGAGAAGGAGGACGAGUUCAAUCCUCUGAAUGUGAUGAAGAAGGCGUUGAUGAGGAAGAGUUUUGAGGGGCUGGUUGUUGUUGAUUGAGGUCGCCGUUCGUCGCGUUUUCGGUUUCUUUUCAUUCUUGCAUCUCAUCUCAUUCGCU